AACAUUGCCAUCAAUCCCAUCAUUGUCAAUCCGCCGAGGAGAAACUUUGAUGAAGCAGUUAUCAAUGCUUGCGAACAAUCAGGCAGUCAACAUGCUGAGCGGCAAAAGACCUUGUCUAUUGUCGAUGCCCUUAACCUAAAACCAUUUGCCUUCUUCGAUAAGAAUGGAAUUGAACAAAAUGCCCUAGCCCACGAGCGCGUUAUCAGCAACAUCAUGUCAGACAAUGACUCAAUAUUACCCAUCUUGCCAUUGAAACGUUCGUACGAUGAUGAAAAGAGCAUCCCUUGCAUAAAAUGCACACCUAUAACCACUCCAGGCCUCGACCGGGUCCUUGCUUCAUCAUCCUACAGCAAAUUAAUUCGUCAACGACAAUAUGUGGAGCUCUCAUCAGCAAUGUGCAAAUUAUUUAACCAAGAUUGGGAAUUCCACCAAAAAUGCGAUAUUUCACGGCCAAGAUUCUCUCCGGCGCCAUCAUGCACAACACCGGCAACGGGCAAGCCAUUUUGGUCUAUACCGUAG